AUGCAACUAGCGUUUCUGGACUUUAAAGCCGCUUUCGACUCUCCUCACCGAGGCCGUCUUCUCAACGCGCUUCGAGCCGAUGGAGUACCAGGAAAGUUCGUCCGCUUGCUUGAUGACAUGAAUCAACGAACAACUGCUGCAGUUCGAACACCAGCCGGAAGUACAACACCGUUUGAAGUGGUAACUGAAGUAAGACAAGGGGCGGUGGCAGGACCCUUCCUGUUCAAUUUCGCCAUCGACGACAUUAUGCGAAGAACAGUUGACCAGUGUCCUGCCGACAUUGUCUUAGCACCAUCAGGGUGCCCCUUGACUGACCUCGAGUACGCCGACGAUGUUGUUAUAUUCGCUUUGUUGUUAUAUUCGGGUUCGAGCUGGAAGAAGCCACCUGGCCGAAAACGGAAGUUCUGGACUGAGGUGGUAAAAGAGGACCUGAGGACACUCGGCGUGGAUAGGCGAGGUUUCGCAGAACAUGGACUAGCGACGAAUGGAUUGAUUCUGUGCAAGUUCUCGCAGAAGAGAAGGUUGGGCAGUGCUGUGUUCAAGGACGGCACACCUCGGCGAAGAUGCGGGUAA